GAAAAAGUAUUGCGUAGUGAAAAGUGGAAAGUGCGUCUUUUGUCAUUCUGCUGUGUUUACUGUAGGAAAGUGGGAAAUUCAAGUAUAGUACAAAUAAUGGCCGAAAAUAUGAAGACAGAAGAUUUCCAAAAGUGGAAAUAUACAAGAAAAAACAAACCAAAAAAUUCUUGUCAUAACUUUUUUAAAACUGUGGGAGAUUCGGAUGAUCAUGUUAUCUGCGAAUUUUGUCAAUGGACUUGCAACAGAAAUGCAACGAGAAUGACACAGCAUCUCAUCAAAAAAUGUAGAGAAAUUCCAGAGGAGAUUAAGCAAAACCUGGAAGCACACAAAGGAUCUGAUUCCACAGAUUUAUUUCCUAAAAAUGAUACUACUUCGGGCACUGUAAGUGAGUCUCAAAGUCAAAAUCUAGAAGAAGCUCCCGACCAAGGUUCAUCUACUGAUUCAGAAUCGACAUAUAAAAUGUCUGCAGAAGAGAAGAAAAACAUUGAUGAAAAACUUACCAGAGCAUUCUAUUCCUCACCCGCUUCUUUAAGAUUGUUUGAUAACAUCUACUUUAGAGAAGCAAUAAAGAUCAUGAAUCCUCACUACGAACUCCUAAGCAAAAAAGAACUUCGUCGAAUUAGAAGAGCUCAGCUGCAAAAUUCUACCGCAUCGACCAGAUCACGUAGGACACGUAGGACUCAUUCCAUGAUUGAUCGCAUUCCACAGAACUUCUUUGAAUCGCCCCCAGAAAUGUGAAUCUUGAGUCUUCAUUUCCUGGACUAUCCCUGGGGCGCUGAAAAAAAGCAACAAACUAAGAAGCUGAUGUAUUAUCCAUUAUCUCCCGAUAUUAUCCUCAUUUUUUAUUAACUCUUUUGAAAUAAACACAAAAUCAGGAAAAA